ACCGCGGACCCCGGUGCGAUGCUGUCGCGCUGGGUGAGUGAGUCUCCGCCACUGCCGCCAUGGAGGACCCCGUGAAGGAGUCGCACCGCGUCGCCUUCGCCUGCCUCACCGCAGCGCUCCACGAGGAUGAAAACUCGAGCGGAGACAAAAAUGAGGCGAUCAAAUGGUACAAGAAAGGGAUUCUGGAGCUGGAGAAAGGCAUCGGCAUCUCCAUCACAUGGCAAGAACGAUUUGGUGUCUUUGUUUUUCUUUCUUUUCGUGCCAGGGGAGAAGGCCGAGCGAUCUCGGAGCCUGCAGGAAAAGAUGAGAAGAAACCUGGAAAUGGCCCGAGAGAGGCUCGGCUUGCUGGGUUGCGAACAGAGUGUUCCGAGAUCAAACGCUGGCCACAAAGGUGGCCCCGUGCCCAGCACCUCGACUCAGAGUAAACCCCGGCCACAAACCAAGAGCACUUUAGCAGCAAGGCCCUCGUCCCACCGCGCCGUGGCGACUAACAGAACGACGGUGCCCAGGCAGCAGCCAGUGGCACAGCCCACAGCCCCAUCGGUGCUCAAGAAAUUGAAAGCUCUCAACGUGGACAACACCAUGGCCCAGCUCAUCGUCAAUGAGAUUGUUGACAGGAGUCCGCAAGUCAAGUGGGAUGAUAUUGCAGGACAGAAAGUAGCCAAGCAAACCCUGCAAGAAAUAGUCAUUUUGCCUUCCCUCAGGCCAGAGCUCUUUACAGGUCUGCGCUCACCUGCCCGUGGGUUGCUGCUGUUUGGCCCUCCAGGAAACGGGAAGACCUUACUGGCAAAAGCUGUAGCAACUGAGUGCAGUGCAACUUUUUUCAACAUCAGCGCUUCCAGCAUGAUGUCAAAAUACGUUGGAGAGGGGGAGAAGCUGAUGCGUGCCCUGUUCGCUGUGGCAAGGGAGAUGCAGCCAUCCAUUAUCUUCAUAGAUGAGAUUGACAGUUUGCUGUGUGAAAGGAAGGAGGGAGAACACGACACAAGCCGGCGAAUGAAGACAGAAUUUCUCAUGCAGUUCGAUGGAGUUAAAAGCGAAGCAGAGGACAGAGUGCUGGUAAUGGGAGCAACAAACAGGCCCCAAGAACUGGACGAAGCCGUUCUCCGACGAUUUCCGAAGAGAAUAUAUGUCGACAUGCCCGACGAAGCCGCGAGAAAACAGAUUCUUAACCAUCUUUUAUCCAAGCAUGGCAGUCCGCUGUCAGAAAAAGAACUUGCGGUACUUGCCAGGACAACCACUGGUUACUCGGCAAGUGAUCUGACUGCACUGGCAAAAGAUGCUGCGCUCGGGCCUAUCAGAGAACUCAGCAUGGAAGAGGUUAAAAACUUGGCUCCAGAUGAUGUCAGAGGAAUCCACGUGUCGGACUUUAAAGAAUCUUUGAAGAAAAUCAAAGCAAGUGUGAAUCCCCAGAACCUCCUUACAUACUUGAACUGGAACAAGGAGUUUGGUGACACAGCCUAGGCUGUGUUUAUACUCAAAAAAAGCUGGACAUGCUUACACAUCGAGCAUGCAUACUUGACAGUGAUGUACGUAACAUGUUGCUGCUUUGUAAAAUAAAUAAUUAGGAACUGCAAUGACAGCGAGUGGUGUAUGAGCAAAAAGCAAGAAAUAAUAACAUAACAGACACGUAUAUUGUAGACUCACCUUGCAACCAAUGGCCAUUCAGAGCAGAGGGAAAUGAAUAAACAUUGAAGGACGGCACUUGAUAAUGUAUUUGCCUUGAGAACACCGGGAUAUCUCUGAUGAAAACAUGCAAUGUGGAUACAGAUGUCAAUGAAAGUACUUAUUGAUGGGUGUUUGUUUGAUGUUUGUUUUAUAUCAAUAAAUUAUAAAGUUUGGGAUCAAGCCUAGAAAUCAAA